AGUUACCCAUGUAGUUGCCUCGCUGCUCACUGGAGUUGAACAAAGAAAAAGUUGAGUAAAGUUAAAUGAAAUAAAACAUUUACUAAUGUCGUUAUUGGUUUAAAUAGGCAAAUUUAUGCAAAUAUCUAACAACGUAAUUUUAAUUUUUUUUUAAUUAAUUACUUUUCAAAUUUGUAGGUUUAUUUUUUGUUGUUUUGGUUGGUCUUCUCGGAGUAUUCUUAAUAGGCUAAGAUUGUCCUACAUAUGCUUUGUUCCUCAGUAAAGAUAGUCAAUGCUUUCGGUUUUUACGGAUGCUUUUCAUUCAUUUGACGGAGGAGGACACGGCGUGUUUGGAUACAAUGAAACAGUGUGUGCUGGCUCAAGACAAUGCACGAUACUACGGAGUAUGGUAGGGACCUUAAGCCAACCAGGGGCUCUUCAUUUAAAUAUCUGUGAGAAAACAUUGAAAGAAUCAGACUGAAGCCACCCCAUGGCAUGUCAUGACCAGACACUUCUGCAGUCGUGCACUAUUGACCAAUACACAGCCAGUGUAAAGGUCCCCUCAGAGUUCCACAGUUGAGAAUGAGGACCAAAUAUGCCAUAGUUUUCAUCUGUAUUGUGGCCCUGGUCAUCAUUGAAAAGGAGAGCAACAUCAUAUCAAGGGUUUCUGACAAGCUGAUCCAGAGACAGAUCCCACAGCAGACUCCACAGACUCCACUAGACUACAACAACACCUCCAUACCCGCUCCUCAAACACAAAAUGGCUCCCUGUCCAUAUUUGGCAAGCUUCUCUCUACGCUUACCAACAUGAACUAUUCAGAUUCCACAGAUGAGCUGGAGGAGGAGGGAGACCUAAACUACAGUUACAACAGAGGCCGCAAGCACAUCCUGCUGCUGGCUACCACUCGCACAGGCUCCUCGUUCGUAGGGGAGUUCUUCAACCAACAUGGCGAGAACAUGUUCUACCUGUUUGAGCCGCUGUGGCACGUGGAGCGCAUGCUGACGCUGGCCACAGGGGGCACCAAUGGGUCGGUGUCGGCACUGGCUUACAGAGACGUCCUCCAGGGGCUGUUCUUGUGCAAUUUCACCCCCCUGGAAAAGUACAUCUACCCCCCGCCCCAACAGCACAUCACCCACGCUCUGUUCCGCAGGGAAUCCAGCCUGUCGCUCUGCGACGAACCCGUCUGUUCGCCGGUGGUCAGGGACGUUUUUGAGAGGUACCACUGCAAGACCCGUCGCUGUGGCCCUCUCAACCUGACCCUGGCCACUGAGUCCUGCCUCUCCAAGGAGCACCGCGCCAUCAAGACAGUGCGGGUCCGGCAGCUGGACACUCUUCAGCCACUGGUGGAAGAUCCCCGUCUGGACAUCAGGGUUAUCCAGCUGGUGAGGGACCCCCGCGCCAUCCUGGCUUCUCGUAUGGUGGCUUUCUCCUCCAAGUACCAGACCUGGAAGGCCUGGGCAGAUGACGGGGAGGUGCCCGAGGAUGACGAGGAAGUGAAACGACUGAAAGGAAACUGUGACAAUAUCAGGAUGUCGGCGGAACUGGGGCUGAGUCGUCCCGCCUGGCUGAGGAGGAGGUACAUGUUGGUGCGAUAUGAGGACAUUGCCCGCUUCCCCAUGCAGAAAGCUGAGGAGAUGUACAGGUUCACAGGAAUACCGUUCAGUGCCCAGGCCAGGGAGUGGAUCCUGAGGAACACUCAGACCACCGAGGAGGCCAGCGGGGUGUACUCCACCCAGAAGAACUCCUCUGAGCAGGCAGAGAAGUGGAGGUUUAGCAUUCCCUUCAACCUGGCACAAGUGGUGCAGAAGGUGUGUGGACCCACCAUGACACUGUUUGGGUACAAGUUUGUGGACAGCGAGAGGACACUGCUAAACAAGUCAAUCAGCUUACUCGAGGAGAAGGUGUUUCACUUCUAGUGGAUAUAAAGGUGUUUCAUUUCAAGUGGACCUUUAGCUGAAGCUUGAUGAAUAAUGACAGUAUGGUUUCUUUGGACUGACCAAAAGGGAAUUUUGAAAAGAUAAUAUUCUAUUUAAUCUUGUCAAAUGGGUUGCUACUGCCUUUCUGGUGAAGGGGAAAUAAUAUGUGCCAUAGGGUUCAUACAUGCCAGUGAUGUGCCUGUACUUUCAUAGUAUUGUUAAAGAUUUUAAUGGAUAUCAAACAUAUCAUAUAAUCACAUAUUUAUUUGCUGGCGAAUUGUUUGAUAACAAUAAAUUAUACUUUUCAUAUGUUUAAAAGAAGCCUUGAUGGCAAGCUUGACUUGUGAUAGAUUAUUAUAAGUAUAGUCUCCAUCCUUAGCUCUUCAUAUGAAAAUAUCAGGGCUAUAGUAAGAUUUCUUGAGGUUGGUGUGUUUUGCUGUUCACGUGAUGACGUGUGUGGCUGCGUGAGCAUGUGUUUGUGUUUUUUGCAUAUGCAUUGGCUAGUCUGCUGAAUGAUCUCUAUGUUGUGUGUAGAUAGAUAUGCACUUUUUCUUGGAGCUGAUAGAAAGCACAGUGAAUCUAUGUUUAGUUUAGACAAAUUCUCCUUGACAGGGCUUUAAGUGUUUGACUCAGGUGAAGUUAACGUGAAAAUACUAAGGUGAUGUCUGAUGCCAUUGCAUAUCGUUGCUGUAUGUAAAGAGAUUCUUUGUCAAAAUGUACUCUUGUUGUCAUGACCUUAAUGAAAUGUACCCUACAGUACCUAACUUGUUCCAGUCCCAUGUAGCAUAAACAGGGAUACAACAAGACCAUUACAUUAAUUUAAUUAAACAGUAAAUACAAUUUUCAACUG